AUGCAAUUGGGACACAAAACUAAAAUCACUUGUAAUUUAGAUUCAAAUAUUUUAAUUUUAGUUGAUAAUGCAUCUUGUUAUUAUAAUCCAAACAGUAUUUUACCAACUUUUAAUUCUACUAAUAAUAGUUAUAAAGAAGGAACUGAAUUAGCAAAAACAUUUGUAUCUAGAAUUAGUAACAUAAGAUUAUCUACUUUACAAAAUAAUCAGAGUCAAGCUUAUAAAUUACAAUAUGCAACAAGCUCUUAUAAUACUUUUAUUAAACAAAAAAAUAUUAUUAUUAAGUUGUCAGUUGCUAAUUUGGACUCAUCAGUCCUGCUUCAGGUCAACAAGUAUUUUGAACUUAAUAAUUCAUAUAUUUUUACUAUAGAAGAAUUAAGCAAUACUGAAAUUGUUGAGUUAGUAAUAGUAGAACAGCAGCAUAAAGAACAUGAUUCAGAUGAUUCAGAUGAAGAGUCUUUAACAAUUCUAGCUUCAAAAGGAUUAGUGAGUCUAAAAAAAUUUUUAGAGUUUUUUGAGCAACAAACAAAUCGAAAUUUUAAAUCAGAAGAUUUAGAUGUUUUUUGA